GAAGCAUGCAACAGCCACUGAACCUGGGAGGGAGGAAGAUUGGAGGAAGCAGUGGAAUACGGAGGCUCUCGGCCAAACGCAGGAGCAAUGGAAUACAAGCAAAGGCAUCAUGUGCUUAUUCAGGAGGAGGGAGGGAUACUGUCAACGGUCCAGCAGCAGAGAACAACGUGGGGAUAAUAUCAGAAACAGGCGCUGACGGGAAACAGAAGGAGAGGGUGGGGGUGUGAGCAAAGGAACAUGCUGACGAAAAAGUUUCAGGCUUCAGGAGGGGUAGAACUUAUAUGACAACACCAUCCAGCCAGGAACACUGAGAGACGAUGCAUGAGGGAAGGACAAAUCUGCGCCGGAGUCUCUCCUGCCUUUAUUAUGUUUGCUGACACCAGAGGGCUUGGGCGACACACUGUCCCAUGUCACUUCUGGCUUUCAAAAAAGAAGACUAAGAUGGGACACUCAGCAAAGACUGGAAAGGGAUCUUUGUUUAGUUUUGAACCUGAGGAAUACAAGAAGAUGGGUUCUCAUGGAUCUAAGCAGACCAUUCAUAAUGGAUACGGUCACCAUCCUAGGAUAUCUCUUACCACGUUGAAGUGGCGUUCCAAGCUCUUUAGGACUGGUGAGAGCGGUCAAACUGAGUCGCGCAGUAUAAGGUGGCGUAAGUGUCAGGGGCAGGGUUCACAACACAACAGCGCCUCUGUGAGGGACCGCUCAAGAGAAUGCAGCUUUGUGGAAAACCUCCACCAAACCCAGACACCCCUCCCUUUGAGGAAAUGUGCUCUGGAUUUGCCGACGCAGUUCAUAGGUCAAAGAAACUGUGGAGCGCCUGUUUGCGUGGUGGUACAACAAUCUGGCUCUGUCAGAGAGCCACAGGCGCCUGGGCAAACAGAGGCAAAUGAACACACCUUUGACAAACAUCAGACACCUAAAGCCAGCUGCAGUAGCAAUCCAGAACACAAUAGUGUGGACAGCACAGGACAGAGUUUCUCUAACUCAAUGGGACAUGUAGCAGAAGACAGUGAUGGGUCCAGGUCCAUGCAUGAGGUUUCCUUCUCUUCAGAAGUUCCCCAAAACAUCACCAUCAACCACAAUAAGAGUGCUCAUAAAGGGGAUUUGCAAAAUAUGUCAGUCAACGGAGGGAUGUCCCAGAGUGAAGAAGUUUACAUUUUUAAAUCAAAGGAAACUCAGAGAGUUCUCCAAGACCAGAUCUGUAAAGUGGUUGUGAAUCUAGAGGAAGUUCUCCAUGGCUUGAAGCAAGUGCACUUGGAAAUAAAGGAGGUUGUCCAUCAGAUUGACCAGCUGACCUCCAAGAUUGACCUGGGAGAGGAUAGCACCGGAGAACUUUCUGGACAUUGUAGCCCUAGUGAUAGUGUUUCUGCAUCAGAGGAAACAAAGCACAUAGAAACCAGCAUCCACAAUUUUGGGCACCCAAACAACCCAGGUCUUGAUGCUUCAAAUGUACCAAUGGGUGCAAGGAGGCUUGAGGCCUGUAACAAUGAACAGACACAGCGUCAAAGACCUCCUAAUGUUGCACCACCAGCGUAUCCAACUGCACUUUCGUCUAUGAACGACUCAGCACGGAAAGUCAAUCAUGGAACAACAGCGUCCCAAAUUAAGGGACCCAAAUCACAGGUCAAUGCACUGUCCAGAAGCCAAAAGCCUCCUCCUUACCCCCUGAACAGCAAAACUUGGAGGGUAAAUAAAGGGAAAUCUCCCCCUUAUGCAGGCAGACGAAGACUGCUGUCUACUACUGUGUAAUGGGGUAGCUUCUUCAGGGCAGCUAGAGGAAUAAUACAGUUUGAAGAAGUUGGUAUCCAAGGAGACUGGUGGCAUUAAGCAGAGGCAGAUGACACUAAUGCUUGUUUUUCAAAGGGAAGGAAUCCAACAGCAGGAGGAAAAAGGACAUCUUUCAUCUCUUCUUCUGGCUAAAUCUCCUUUGCUCCUUUGGUUAGAGAACAGUUCGGUAAGAGAGCUUU